AUGGAUCUGGCCAAUCUCCUGUCCGCUCCCCGAUAUACCGAAUCCUACAAGCGUUCAGCCCCUCCUUCCCCGCCGGUCGAGGAUCAGGUCAAAUUUUCGCUACCUUCCAUUUCUACUUUGCUGGAGGGUGCCGAUGGAGCUCAACAUGCAGCUAAGCGUCAACGCCUUAGCCCAUGCCAGGAUCGUGAUGUCCGCUACGACUCAGUCCACCUUCCACCAACACCUCCAAUGCGCCCUGGCUCUGGAUCCGGACACAGUGUGCGCUCUCCAUCAGAGCUAACCCACAAGCCAUCUCACCAUGUGCACCGCUCUUCCAUCUCCAGCACUAGCUCUGCGGCUCCAAUCUCCCGCGCUGGUCCAUACGCCUCCCCCGCUCCUAGCGUCUCAUCCUACUCAUCUCCCAUUGACGCUCCUCAAAAUAUCUACUACCCUCGCCCACCAACAACAACCACCUUCCAGCCGGCUACUACAGUUACUGCACCUCCCAUGCCUCAACAACAGUCGCGCCAACAUUCACAACCACCUGCUCCUCAGGUUCAAAUCCCUCAACACCAGCAUCACCACCACCAACCCUCUCAAUCUUCUCCCUCUCUCAUCUCGCCUGUGACUCCUGCUUGGCAACACCACCACUACUUCCCGCCUUCCACCGCUACACCUUACCAGCAGAACCAUGAUCGGUAUAUCUGCCGCACAUGCCACAAGGCUUUCUCUCGUCCUUCCUCUUUGCGCAUCCACUCCCACUCUCACACAGGCGAGAAGCCAUUCCGUUGUACCGUCCCGGGAUGUGGAAAGGCCUUCUCUGUGCGCAGUAAUAUGAAGCGCCAUGAACGUGGUUGUCACUCUGCUCGUGUUGGCACAGUUGUUCAAGUUCCAGCUGCUGCUCCUACUGCUCUUGUCUCUUAA